AUGGUUGAAAGGAGGUUUCUACGGUUGAUGCGGGGUUUUGACGCCGAAGACGUGGAAGUCAUACGGAAAGCAGUCGAGUCAGGUGGUGUGGACGCAAAGGCGAGUAAACUUCACCUGUUCAUACUUGCGUGUGCCCCUGGACCACCGAUGGACGAACGACCGGAUGACGAUCAACCUGAAGAGGAUUCCGGCUUGAUCCCACAAAUUGAUCGACCAAUGAGUAUGCCGUACCUAUGCUGCAAAUUGUGGCGAUGGAAAGAUCUCCAGACUCCGUCCGCUGCACGCGAUGGACCAGGAAUAUACCAUUUCCUUAACGAAAUUGAAAGCCGUCUCACGAAUGCGGACUCGGGUGUAGCUGCAAUGCUCUAG